AUGGAGGUAUGUUGCUUAAUCAGAUCGCAUAAUGCAACCUGCUUACUCUGCCCAGCUGCUUCGAUUCGAAACUCUCAUUCGAAAAACCGGAUUGCGAGUGUCAUAGACUCAAUAUCCCAGCACGCGACGGUUUGUGGCUUGGCCAAUGAUAGCCUGGAAACUCUCAUUGAUGUCUUAGCUACCUCGCCAUGCUAUCUCGACCAGUCCUCUGUGGGAAGUAUCGUCAAGAUAUUGUUUCCGAGGAGAAAAGUGUCUGAAAAUGUUGUGGUUAAGGUAGUUGGAAGCCUCGGCCAAGGGCAAAGCAAGCCUUCCCUUGCAACGCAGGCCCUCUUGUUGCGUUGGUUGGUAAUGGUAUACGAUUUCCUAGAGUCCUAUGAUGUUCUCUCGCAGCUCUAUGGCGUUCUAUUCAACCUUCUGGAUAUGAUCACGUUGAGAGGUCAUUUGUGCCAUAUUUUGUCUUCCCUUACGCGAAGAAAACACGUCAAGCCUUUCCGUAUCCAGGCUUUGUAUGUUUUGCUAUUGGCGCACAAACAGAGCCUGGGGAAUGAGCAGCCCUUGCUUGGUCUACUCCAAGUUUACAAGGACUACUACCCCGAUGUGAUUGUGGGAGAAAUCACUACUGCUAGAGCUGGGGUUUUUUCCCAUCCAAACAUAGAAUGGAUGCAAAAGCUUCUUCUAAUUCAAGAAUCGAAUGCCGACGAUUAUUCUGGUCCAUCCGACACUCGGUCUUCAUUUAGGAUUGUGAGAAAGAUUGGUGGCCGAGCCAUGAAAAGGCAAAAAACAAACCAUAUUGCGAUACCUGAGGUUCACACAUUUCGCUCAAUUGAGGCCUCGGUUACCUUGGAAGAUGUUGAAGAUGUGAGCGACUUCGUUAAAAAGCUGGAUAAACUCGAGUUGCCAAAUCAGCUUGUGGCUGUGCUGGAGGAUCCGUUGCUUCGGAAAUUAAUCUCUUUGAAACCGUCAGAUGGGGCAAACCUGAGGAUCAAUAAUUGGCUAGCAGCAUGUUUAUCUGGCGAGCUUGAUUCGCCCUCUGUCUCGGAUCUCAGGAGCGCGGAUAGAACCGAGCAGUUCCUUUCUCGAGUUUUGGAAUACACGCGUUCCGCGAGGCGUUUGCUGCCUGCAGUUGAGGAUUUCCUGAAGAACUACUUGCGGGCUUGGGACGGGAAUUCCCACACCUCGACCCUACUGGGCCUCCUGUGCUUCCUUCCUAUUCGGGAGUUUGAAGAACUGCACAGAAAAUUUUUUACUCUUGUAGAUUGUCAGCUCAACGGUCGUGAUGAGACCUCAACAAUAAAGUUAGUCGCCUUCUACACUGAGCUCAUCCGUCAGUGGGCUAUCACGUACGGAAAUCAAGCCCAGGAAAUUGAGUUCUCCGAGGAGGAGUCUCUAGCCUUGCGCAAUACUCUGAGUCAUGUAGGCCAAAUAUGUUUGGUCGGCCUUGCGAACUUUCCGGGGUCAAAUUUGAUAGCCGAUGCGAUAUUAUGCUUCUAUGAAGGCACUUGCGCAACUCCAUGGGAAAACGGGCUUUUCCGCAUUGUUCUGCCUCCUGAUCAAGUGGUGUACUACUUCGUCUUCUCUGGUGAUGUUAUGACACUGUCAAGGAUCUGCGGCAUACUAUCCAAAUACAAGCGCGGGUUCGAGCUUUCACUACGACAAGCUCAAUCUGGUCACCCAAAUGGGGCGGGGGAAUACCCUCGAGAUUAUGUAAACCAUUUCAAUGGAUUUUUGAUGGACAUAUGUAACCUGGUCUGGAGAAACCGUGCCUUCAAAUGGGGCGGAUCAGACUCAAAGCAAGACCAGAAUGCUCUAGGUUGUACCCUCGCAAAUAAUGUCGCACUUUCCCUCCAGAGAGCAGUAGACGAGCGCGAAGAGUCCCUUCUUACCUUGUUCUCACUCUCACAUUCCGCGGUUCUUGCGCAGUUCUCUGCUGAAUGUUUCCGGAUGUUGGAGAACGCCAACGAUUCAGAAAUGCGUGGGAUUCGACACGCUGGGCCGGUGACACAGAAGUCAUUACAAUUACUUGCGACGAACGGAGGACUAAAGAUAACAUAUUCGGACUUCCGGGUGGCAGUGCUGAGAGCUCUUGGCAAAAAAGGUUUGGGUGGGAUUUGGGAUUUUAUGCACAGUACGAUGAUAUCUCUGAUCCAGUUGACAUCGGGAGCGGAUUCGUCUCGCGCUGCUUCAUUGGGCUAGUUUAUUUGGGGGAUAAUUCUUGUAUCACGGGGAUAGAUAUAACUACAGGGUCGAAAUCGACAUGCGUUGGUGUGAUGGUGAGAGGAGAACUAAGGCUUUUUUCAAUAUUAUUUUCAAUAUUA